GGACUUUUUGGGAGAUGGCUGCACCUGAUUUCAGUUAUGAAAGCUUGUGUAUCCAAUAUCCUGAUGAGGACGUACCAUUUGUUCUCAAGACUGGACUGAUCCAUUUGUUGCCCAAGUUUCAUGGCCUUGCAGGUGAGUGUCCGCAUAAGCAUCUGAAAGAUUUCCACUAUGUAUCCAUGAGGCCUCAAAAUGUUCUAGAAGAUCAAGUUUUCCUAAGGACAUUUCCUUAUUCAUUAGAGGAUGCAGCAAGGGAGUGGAUGUACUGCUUAACGCCUAGAGCCAUCACCAGUUGGGAUGAUAUGAAGAGGUUGUUCUUGGCAAAGUUUUUCCCAGCAUCCCGAACCACAGCUAUUAGAAAAGACAUCACUGGGAUUAGGCAGCUUGGUGGAGAGAGCUUAUAUGAGUAUUGGGAGAGAUUCAAGAAGCUUUGUGACAGCUGUCCUCACCAUCAGAUACCAGAGCAACUCCUUCUCCAAUAUUUCUAUGAAGGUCUCAAUAGCUUGGAUAGGAGUAUGAUUGAUGCUGCCAGUGGUGGAGCAUUAGGAGCUACGACUCCUACUGAAGCCAGGCAAUUGAUUGAGAAGAUGGCUUCUAACUCCCAGCAGUUUGGCACCAGGAGUGAUACUAUUGUGGUGAAGGGAGUGCAUGAUAUUGUUACCCAGUCUUCAUCAUCUGAUGAUAGGAAAUUAGAAACCAAGAUUGACUCCCUUAUGAGUUUGGUGUCGCAGAUGGCUUCAAAUCAGAGACCAGCAUCUCCCUCUACAUCUGUUGCACGACAUUGUGGUUUGUGUCUCUCCAGUGAGCACUAUACAGAUGACUGCCCUACUUUGCAGCAACCUACUAGCCAUGAUGCAUCUCCAGCUUAUGCUGCAAAUAUACAAAUCAACAGGCAGCCACAACAACCAAAUUAUGACUUGUCCAGCAACAGGUAUAACAUAGGGUGGAGGAAUCACCAAAAUCUUAGAUGGAAUAAUAAUGCACAGCAGCAACAGCAACCACCACAUUUCCAGAAUGUUGCAGGUCAUAACAAACCAUAUGUGCCUCUGCAUGUCCAGAGAUAUCAGAGGCAACAGCAGCAAGAGAUUCCUGCCCAGCCAACUCCUCCACCUUCUUCUGAGCUUACAUUAGAGGACUUGUUUAAGCAGAUUCAACAGAUGAACGCUCAGAAUAUGCAGUUCCAGCAUGAAUCUAGAGCUUCUAUUCAGAAUCUUACUACUCAGAUGGGUCAGAUGGCAACACAAUUUAACCAGGCACAGUCACAAAAUUCUGACAAGUUACCAUCGCAAACUGUGCAAAAUCCGAGGAAUGUGAGUGCCAUCACCCUCAGAUCUGGGAAGCAGAUUGACCAGACUGGUCCGAGCAGGACAUUUGAGGUUGGUGGACCUUCUUCCUCUCCCGGUGGUUCUUCUUCUCCUCCAGGUGGACCUUCUUCUUCCACCACCACCGCUGCCGCACCUUAUCCUUUGAUUGACCGACCUAUCCCUCUUCCAUUCCCUUCACGGGAACUUCCUAGCAAAAAGGUGGAAGAGGUGGAUAGGGAAAUUCUAGAGACCUUCAGGAAAGUAGAGGUGAACAUACCUCUACUCGAUGCCAUCAAGCAGAUACCCAAGUAUGCCAAAUUUCUGAAGGAGUUGUGCACACACAAAAGUAAGAUGAAGGGCAAUGAACGGAUUAGCAUGGAAAGGAAUGUAUCAGCUCUUAUUGGUAAGUCAGUCCCGCAUAUUCCUGAAAAGUGCAAGGACCCAGGUAUGUUUUGCAUUCCUUGUGUGAUUGGGAACAAUAAAUUUGAAAAUGCUAUGCUUGAUCUGGGUGCAUCCAUAAAUGUCAUGCCUUUGUCGAUCUAUAAAUCUCUGUCUCUUGGUCCAUUACAGCCUACGGGUGUGGUCAUUCAGUUGGCCAAUCGGAGUGUUACCCACCCGACAGGUUACAUUGAGGAUGUCUUGGUUAGGGUAGGUGAAUUGAUAUUUCCUGUUGAUUUCUAUGUUUUGGAGAUGGAGGAUGGUUUCUCUCAUGGAUCCGCCCCCAUUAUCUUAGGCAGGCCAUUUUUGAAAACUGCUCGUACCAAGAUUGAUGUGUAUGCUGGGACAUUGUCUAUGGAAAUUGCUGACAUUGUUGUGCAUUUUAAUAUCCUUGAUGCCAUGAAAUAUCCAGCUGAGGACCAUUCUGUGUUUAGAGUUUAUACAUUGGAUGACAUUGUGGUUAUUGAUGAUAUGCAUGUUUAUGAUGAUUCAGAUGAUAUUGAUGAUGUUGAACCCACUCUUGAGCUGAAACAACUUCCAAAAAACCUCAAGUAUGUGUACUUGGAGGAUGAUGAGAGGAAAUCGGUGAUCAUUUCAACCUCCCUUGAUUCUGUUCAAGAGGAGAGGUUGCUUGGAGUGUUGAGGGCGCAUAAGAAAGCCAUAGGUUUGAGUUUGGCGGACAUCCCUGGUAUUAGCCCAUCCACAUGCAUGCAUAGGAUUCUGUUGGAGGAUGGAGCAAAGCCAAGAGGUUCCUCUUUCUUUCUUCUUCGUUCUACCUUAGAGGAGGAGAACUCACCUUGCAAUCGGAGUUUCGAUGGUGGUUCGCGCAGUGGGUCUCGCGACAGGUUUGUGGAGGUUAGCGGAGCUUCUCCGUGGUUUAGCCAUUGGUUCUCUGGUUCGUGGUUUUUUUUCUUGUCUUGGUUUUCUGUAGCUGGAGGGUCACGGUGGUUCUGUGUUUCGCCUUCUCUUCAUCGCGACAAUAGUUCAAACGUGUCACUCUUCGGGAAAUAUGGUGACAAUCGCGCAACACUCGCGUCGAUUUGGAUCUGCAUCGUGGUGAUCAUGGUUGAUGACGAGAUGCGUGAAGCUUUUUUGUCCCACUGUUUCGCGGUUUAG